CGCGCGAUGGAAAAAAGUCGUGGCUAUUGCGCAUAGCGUGAUAGUUCACUUCAACAGUUGGUACACCUUUUUACAGUGUGUUCGCGCCUAGUGCUAAACACUUUUACGAUUUGUGAAAAAUACUGAUUUCUUCGUGUUUUCGUGUUGUGUGUCUGGCAAAGCCUAGUUUUACAUUGUGAGCACCUUGUAUGUCCGCAACACACAAUGCAGUUCUGUUUUGCUGGCUGCCACACAUCACCGCGUUAAGGUGAUGAAAGAGACACUGUUACCGACGGAUUUGAGUCGGGAGCGAGAAGGAGAGACGGUGUAGCUGGAAGGGGAGAAGUAAGAGAAAAGACAGAGAGCGAUAAUACAGAAGAAAGAGUAAGUGAAGGAAGGAAAUAGCAAGUACAAAACGACUUUUCUUGUUUUCACCACCACUGCCAGCAGUGUAGCAAAAGUAAAGAGAGUUUGUGUGAGUAUAAGAAGAGGCGUGCCCCGAAAACCUAAAGCAAGUCAGGCGUAACUUGGUGUCGAGCCAAUGAGAGAGCAGUGCUGUGUAAACUGUGGACCAAUGGCAGUCGAUCUGCGCAUUUCGUGCGGAUAAUGACCGUGUUCUGAGCCUCUAUCUCUCUUGGAGCGCAGCCCCAAUACAAAGAAAACAAAGUAAAAAAAAAAAAAGGAGCCAAGUUUUCCACCCUCCCUCUGCGUUUUAUUUAUUACUUUUGUGACUGUGGACUGUACUUCUUGUGCACGUCUCAUGUCCUCGGGACCUCAGAGUAGCUGCCGGAUGUAAUUUCCAAAGUGCGGAGAGCCCCCCCUUCCCAGUAAAAACACAGCAGCGCGUGUGUGUGUGUGUGUGUGUGUGUGUGUGUGUGCGAUUACGACCCGUUCUUCUCCGUCUCUGUUUCCAGCGGGCGGUACCUCGUCGUCUUGUUUUGUUGUGUGAGCGGUGGAAGGAUAAGGUACACGAGGUGAAUAGAGGAGACAUCAUCCAGACAGAGAGAACGAAUGCAGUGAGUGUUUUUAAGUUUUCUGCUGAUUCCCUCCCCUCCCCUCUGUCCCGCAGUUUCUCUCGCACUGCGUCUUCCAGUGCUCUGUUGUUUCUCUUCUCUCGUAUUGUGUAGAAGCAUACAGUCAGUCGGACAGACAGACAGACAGACAGACAGACAAACCGAUCAGAAGCGGCACCACUUGGUACCCUGCUCCAGAUGAACUCGGCCCUGUGCACCAGUGACAAUAGCCCUCGCCAUCAUGGGUUUAGACAAGUGCCACGACGAGUGAACAUGGUGUUGAGCGUGUGAUACGUGCCAGUCUCUAGUUAACUUUUGUAGUGCGAAAAGUGGUUUUUUUGUUUCGAAGCAGCUUGGUGAACUAUGAGUAUGGAUUCUGUAAUGGACUCUUCUUCGACCAACAGCGACCACAGUAGCAAUGCGUCUUCGGCGUCGCCGCCAGUCGCCAUCAAACCGCCCGUCACUCCCCCGAGCAACAACCCCCCGGGGCCUCAACAGCCGCCCCACAGCCCGCCGCCGAGCAUGGUGCGUCAGCCCGGAAGCCCCAGCUCAGUGCCUACCGGUACCCAACAGACGCCGCCAACGCCCCAGCACCCGCAGACACUCAGUCCUCCGCCCGUCUCAACCCCCAACAGCAUCACAGCUGUGCCCCCGAGGAUAUCCCAGUCUGUGAUGCCGCCUCUGCCGCCCCCGGGCCUCGGCCUGCUCAACUCGCUGGGGGGCGGCAUGAUCCACCACUCGCCGCUGGACCUGAUGGCCGCGGCCCACCACGGAGGUCCGCCCCGGUCUUACAACAGCCCGCCGCCCAUCUCGAGCUCCGAUCCUACGGCUAAUGAGUGCAAGUUAGUGGACUACCGCGGGCAGAAGGUUGCGGCCUUCAUUAUCGCCGGCGACACGAUGCUGUGUCUUCCUCAGGCAUUCGAAUUGUUCCUCAAACACCUUGUUGGCGGACUGCACACCGUCUACACCAAGCUGAAAAGACUCGACAUAGUGCCUCUGGUCUGCAACGUGGAACAAGUUCGUAUUCUGCGAGGACUCGGGGCCAUUCAGCCGGGCGUUAACAGGUGCAAGCUGCUGUCGUGCAAGGACUUCGACAUCCUCUACAGGGAUUGCACCACCGCCAGGUAA